AGUGAUGACCUUUGCGAGAAGCCGGCAAGGGAGCGGGCCAGAGACAGAGCGAGCGGCAGCGGUGGAGGAUGGUUGCUGAGAGCCGGAGUAGAGCCGUCCCGUAAUGUCACCAUGAUGUCUCAUCUAAGUGAAAUGUGGUGCUAUCACUGGAAAUGGAAGCUGCAGUACUGUCUCUGCUUGUUUAUCACAUAUAUUAUAUGUAUACAGCAAGCAGCUUAUGGAUGCUAUGACUGUAGGAUCGUGCUAACUGACCCCUCUGGAGUUUUCACUUCCCCAUGCUUCCCCAGUGACUAUCCCAACAGUCAAGCAUGCAAGUGGAUCAUCCGAGCACCUCAUGGAUUUAUCAUACAGCUAACAUUUAUUGAUUUUGACAUUGAAGAAGCUCCAGGCUGCAUUUAUGAUUCACUGACAUUAGACAAUGGAGAAAGCCCAAUGAACCUUUGUGGCAUCACUGCCAAAGGAUUAUCCUAUAACUCUACUGGAAAUGAAAUGAUUGUGUCAUUUAAAAGUGACUUCAGUAUCCAAAAGAAAGGUUUUAAUGCCAGUUAUGUACGAAUCGCUGUGUCUCUGAGGAAUCAGAAAGUCAUCAUUCCCCAGGUUCCCGACAUCGAUCCUGUGUCUGUGGCAGAGACUGUCUCAGUGCCAGAUCUGAGCCAGUUUACGCUGUGCUUUGAAGCAACCAAAGGCAACAGUGAUGAUAACGACGACUGGAAGGUUUUCUCUUACACUGAUGCAUUGUCGACAGAAUUCUUCAGCUUUGGGAAGACUACAAAAGGCCAUUUUCUGACCAUCUCAGGCACACAGUGCAUCCUUGAGAAGGCAUUGCCCCGAAAUGCAGAGUUUUUCACGGAAACCUUUCAACAGCUCUGUGUUGUAUGGGACAGGUUCUCAGGGACUAUAGGUAUAUAUGCCAAAAGCACCUAUCAUAGAGUGUACUGUCCAGGUAUCUUUGACAAAGUUAUCCCUGGAAACGGGAGGCUGGUGCUGGGCUCUAACAGCAAUGAAAUGAGCUCUCUAAAUGGAGACAUUUACAACUUCCGCCUCUGGAAUUUCACCAUGAAUGCACAAACACUGGCCAACCUCAGCUGCGAUGUGAAAGGAAACAUUGUAGACUGGGAAAAUGAAUUCUGGAGUAUUCCAACUUCAGCACUGAAAGCAGAAAACAAUUUGAGUUGUGGCUCAUAUCUAAUUCCCUCUUCUUCAAUUGAACCAACCAGUUGUGCAAACCUAGGAAGCCUUUGCCAAGCUACUGUAAAUGCUACUACUCCUACACCACCCACUGUCACCACUAACAUGCCCGAUACUAAUAGAAACGAUAAGCCAAACAAUGGUGGGCUAUUCUACAGGAUAUCUAUAACUGUCUUUAGUUCCAACUCCAACUCAGUGUCAAAAGUACAUGACGUCAUUGCAGAAUGGCUGAACCGUACUUUCCAGAACUGGAAUUACACUGUAUAUGUGGUCAACAUCAGCAUCCACCCAGGCUCUGUAAAAGAGGGAGUAAGAGAAAAAAGAAGUAUUAAAAGUUUUGGUGUGUUGGCUCUUCUGGUUUAUAAUGCUACCAACAACAUCAAUUUAGAAGAGGAAGACAUCCGACAGAAGCUAAUAAGUAAUAAUCGAACUAUAGAAGAAGGAUAUAAACUUCAUACUGUGGAUGUUGAUCCAGUGGAAAAAUGUUUAGCUGAAGAAAACCCUCCAAACUAUUUUUGGCCAGAUACCAGACCUACUGUGACCAACUUCACAUUUUGCCAUGGGAGCACAGUUCAGACUGCAUCAAGAACCUGCUAUUUGGGUCUGCAGAAUUAUACAUCAUACUGGGGUCAGCCUGAUCUUAGAAAUUGCACAGAAAAUGCAGCUGAUAUAGCCAAUCAGCUUCUGAAUCUCACUGGUGAAGGGCAGCAGCUAACCUCAGACAAAGUAAAUGACGUUGUGCAGAAGCUAAAAAAAAUUGUUAAUGAUGAAGAAAUUGAUGAAUCUUUGGGUUCUACUGUGGUGACUAUUUUUUCCAAUAUUCUAACCAGUUCAGAUAGUGUAUUGGCAGCCUCAUCUUCAGAGGCUCUAAAAACUAUUGAUGCCUUGGCUUUAAAGAUCCAUUUCACUGGACCAUCCAUGAGUAUUUCAACACGAAAUCUCGCACUUGGAGUGUCUGCUAUAAACUCAACUUCAUUCAAAGGUGGUUCUUUCUGUGUCAGUCCACAGAAUAAUGCAUCUGAUUUCCAGAUAGAUUUUGACAAGGAUCAGACAAGUGCCUUUGCUUCUGUUGUUCUGCCACCAAGUUUACUGAAGAAUUUAAGUCAAGAUGAAUUUGAAGUUAUAUCCAGGGCUCAGUUUACUUUCUUCAAUAAAAAUGGCCUUUUUCAGGAUGCAGAAAAUCCCGCCAAUUUAACCAGUUUUGUGGUGGCAUGCAGUAUUGGAAACUUAACCAUUCAGGAUCUUCAGGAUUAUGUGAAGAUUACAAUCAAGCAUACCAAAAUUCAGGAAGAUCCUAAACCUACCUGUGUCUUCUGGGAUAUGGACAAAAAUGAUGGCAGUGGUGGCUGGAACCCUGAAGGCUGCCACGUGGAUGCAGAGUCCGAUGAAAACAAAACAGUGUGCUUAUGCAACCACCUCACACACUUUGGGGUCCUAAUGGACCUUCAGAGAACCGUGACACAAAUAGAUUCACAGAAUAACAAGGUCUUGACCUUUAUCACUUACAUAGGCUGUGGAAUAUCUGCUAUAUUUUCAGCUGCAACUCUUCUUACAUACAUUGCAUUUGAGAAGCUGCGAAGAGAUUACCCAUCCAAAAUCCUGAUGAAUUUGAGCACAGCCCUGCUCUUUCUUAACCUGAUUUUUUUGCUUGAUGGCUGGAUUGCAUCAUUUGAUAUCGAUGGCCUCUGCAUAGCUGUAGCUGCACUUCUGCACUUUUUUCUUCUGGCCACCUUUACAUGGAUGGGAUUAGAAGCUGUUCAUAUGUACAUUGCUCUAGUGAAGGUGUUCAACACGUAUAUACGGCGAUACAUACUCAAGUUUUGCAUCAUCGGCUGGGGUUUGCCAGCUCUGGUGAUAGCAAUCGUUUUAGCAAGUGCUAAUACAAGUGCAAGUCAUGUUUAUGGCAAGGAGGUAUAUGGCAGAGAUGUUAACGGGCAAGGAGGAGAUGACUUCUGCUGGAUCAAGAAUGAAAUUGUCUUCUAUGUGACUUGUGCUGGCUACUUUGGAAUCAUGUUUCUAAUGAAUAUUGCCAUGUUUAUUGUGGUGAUGGUGCAAAUCUGUGGGAGGAAUGGGAAAAGAACUAAUCGGAGCCUGAAGGAAGAGAUCCUGAGGAACCUCCGUAGUGUGGUCAGCCUGACCUUCCUGCUGGGCAUGACAUGGGGCUUUGCCUUUUUUGCCUGGGGUCCCUUGACUGUCGCUUUCCUGUACCUCUUCUCAAUCUUCAAUUCUUUGCAAGGUUUGUUUAUAUUUGUAUUCCACUGUGCUAUGAAAGAAAAUGUGCAGAAACAAUGGAGGAGACAUCUCUGUUGUGGCAGAUUCCGACUGGCAGACAAUUCAGAUUGGAGCAAAACAGCAACCAAUAUUAUAAAGAAGAGUUCUGAUAAUCUUGGGAAAUCCUUAUCCUCUAGUUCCAUCGGCUCCAAUUCAACCUACUUAACAUCCAAAUCAAAAUCUACAACAAAUACAUACUGCAAACGAAACAGCCAUACAGGGUAGCCAAAGCACAGAGCGAUGACGUUCAUCACCCAAGGUAACAUGAAAGCUGGCAGCACAGCUGGAAAUAGGAAUCAAGUCUUCAGAGUCCAAGUCCACAGCUGAUUCACUUGGUUAAACUCCUUCCAUCUAACUGUAAAACAUUAAUGGGUAAAACGACAAAUGGAGCCUACGUGGAAACAGAUAUUGUGUUCCUAGAUUAUGCAUUGUCUUGCCCUUCUGCAAAUAGCAUGCCAUAUCUACUGCUUAUUUAUUUAGAUGUCAAUGGUAUAUGUAAUAAAAGGCAUCAUCUGUAUUCCACUCAUACCAUGAAAAUGUGCUCACUUUAAGAAGACUUUAAGGAAGCAAAGAAAGAGAGGAGCGGGAAUGAUUUGCAAGUUUGGUUAUGUCUGAGAUAAUAUUUCAGAAAAUCAUUUAUAUAGUUCACUUUUUUUUUCGUUACUCUGUUUUAGUGAACUCCUGUUUUUGUCCUGUGUAAGUCACAUAGCAUUAUUACAGAAUACUCUAUUAUAAACAUAGUGGUAAUAAAAUCUGUGCACAUAUUUAACCCAAAGAUGUGUUUACUUGCUUUAAAAUAUUUAUUAGAAACAGUGUUUAUAUAUGAAGUAGAUGAUUUUACUAGAAUGAAAGUUAUGUUAUUUCUUAAGUAUAAAUUGUUUUAUUAAGUCUCCAGUGUCUCUCUUAUGAUGGUACACUCUCUUUUCUUGAUACAUGGCAUAGUUUCCAGGAAAUGUCUUGGGUUUUUAUUGAUGAUCAUUGCCUGAUUUGAUUAGGCACACCAUUUUUGUCUAGAAAUCUCCUUUUUUAAAGAAUUACAUUGCUAUUUUCUCAGUGACCAAUAUUCAUUGCAUCCAUUAACAAGAGAGAUUGCACAUCAGAUAUUAUAAGAGUUUAAAAUCUUUUUGGUUAUGGAGAAUGUCCAUGUAUCUUAGAAAUUGCCGGAUAACACCUGAGCUUGCUCUCAGGACUGCCAUUCACAACUGUGCUGGGAGCACACAGCUCGUGCCUGCCUCCCUAGGCUGCCUGUCUUUGCUGCCCUGUCAGGUUUGGUGUGCAGUGCACCCAGCUGUCCUGAUCAAGCUGUCUUCACCUCUUCCCUAUGAAGGGACACUUCUACCAGCAGUCUUCCACAAACAGCAUCCUUAAUAUCCACUAAUCACAGUGCUACUGUUGAUUUUGAUAGUAGAGGAAGACAGCCUCGUGCUCUGCAGACAGAGAAUUCCCAUUUGUACUCAUGGCAGAUCAGUUUUUAGACCCUUAGUCUUGGGAUUAAUGAUAAAAAUACACUUAAAUGUUUUGUUGGACUUGGGACUUUUUAUCAGGUUGACAAAAAGACUUAGGGCUGGAGUUUUUGCAAUGUGUUCUUGAAGCAAAACAAAGAAACUGUACCAGAUAGGAAGUAGUAAGUUAAAAGAAACUUGCUCAUACACUUUUUUCAAAAAUUAGGAGCUUAAUCCCAUGCAUAAAUUGUUCCUAAAAGGGAUUUUAGUUGGCAUUGUAGUCAAAAUUUGUAAUGUAAAGGUUUAUUAGGCAUGAAAGGAAUAUGACAGUUUUUCUUUAAUUUUUAAAGUUUUAAUGCAUCUUGCUUUAAUCUCUAAAAAUACACAUCUCAUGAUACUUCACAGGAAUUUUUGCUAACAUAUACUGGCGUAUCUUCUCAUGUGUUAAAAUAAUAAAAAAUAAAAUUCAGAUUCUGGUUUUUAAUACAGCUGAACUUCUCAGUUUGAUGACUUAGCUAAAUUGCAGGCAAAUAAUGUAAUAGCUGCAUGUCUUGGCAAG